AGGUUAAUAAAUAUCAGGUGACCGGGAAAAACAGAACUGCAAGGGUCUCAGCAAUGGCAGGUUCUACUGGUGGUAACGCUUCUUCCAAUUCCUCGCCUACUCCUCCUCCACCCAAAAUUCUUCUGGCAAAGCCUGGCCUCGUCACCGGUGGAGCAAUUUCCUCUAAGAUUGGGCGCGGCGCCGGCGCCGAUGACGAAUCCGCAUCAAUUCGGUCCCGUCUCCCUUCUCUUGGAUCCCUGAAUCUUCUCUCCGAUUCCUGGGACUUCCACAUUGACCGUUUCCUGCCGUUUUUGACUGAGAAUACGGAGUUCAAAGUGGUGGGAAUAAUUGGUCCACCGGGAGUUGGUAAGUCGACGAUCAUGAAUGAGAUUUAUGGCUUCGAUGGAAGUUCUCCAGGUAUGCUACCACCAUUUCCAAUUCUAUCUGAAGACGUUAGAGCCAUGGCUAGGCAUUGCACGUUGGGCAUUGAGCCACGAAUUUCUUCAGAGAGGAUCAUUCUUCUGGAUACUCAGCCUGUGUUCAGUCCUUCUGUUUUAGCUGAAAUUAUGAGACCAGAUGGUUCAUCCACCAUCUCAGUUAUUAGUGGCGAAUCUCUAUCUGCUGAAUUGGCUCAUGAACUUAUGAGUAUUCAGCUGGGCAUUCUUCUAGCGUCCAUUUGCAAUAUUGUCCUUGUGAUAUCGGAGGGAGCUCACGAUCUAAAUAUGUGGCGUUUGAUGUUAACUGUUGACUUGCUUAAACAUGGCUUGCCCGAUCCAUCUUCUUCUGUUUUCUCUCAUACACAAAAUUCUAAUGUAGGAUCCGAGAAGGAACACAAAGAUAAAGUUUCUGCAAGUGAAGAAUAUAUGGCUACUCCAAUCUUUGUUCAUGCAAAAGUGGAGGAUCCAGAUCUUGUUCCACACAACAUCUUGCAACUAAAGAGAGCAUUUGCACAAUGUUUUAAAACCGCCUCAUUUAUGGGAGACAAGGUCAAAAGUGACAAGGUCCAAAGUGAGCAACUACUUUCCUCUGUGGUUCCAGAUACCAGAAAUUUAGAUGUCGAUGGUGAAGAUCGAAGGUUGCUUUUCAUCCCAAAUCGAAACAAGGAUGACUCGACAAGAGGCCAAUAUGAAAGUUUUAACUUAGCUUUGUGGAAGCUGAGGGAUCAGGUUCUAUCCAUGAAUGGCACGUCGUUUUCGAGGACUGUUUCAGAACGUGAUUGGUUAAAAAACUCAGUGAAGAUAUGGGAAUUGGUGAAGAGCUCUCCCAUUGUAAUGGAGUAUGCUAGAACGCUUCAAUCUUCAGGUAUGUUCAGGAGAUAGUUGGAUGAUAUGGUUCUGUUCUGUUUGUAAAGGAAGAACAAAAGCAUGGUUAGUUGCAUAGCCUUUAGUAUUAGGCUUCAUCACUAAUUCUCCAUUCUACUGAGCUGAUCUCUGCUGUUUCACUUCAGCCAUCAUACAUGGUAUAGAUUUUUCUUUUUUUUUGUUACGACAGAUCGAUUCGUUUGGUGAUAUUUUCAACCGUCCCAUUUAUAAAUGUAUGGAAGAUUAUCCGAUCA